UUCAUUUGAUUUGAAUUGUCAUUUAACCGGGCUUUGGCGCUUUUCUGUUAUAAAUAUUACCGUCUCAACAUUUUUCAAAAGUUAAUUCAAAAGGAGGAAAAUAAAUGUUAUCUGAAAUAAUUUUAAAAAUCAAUCAUUAAAGUUUGGCUAGUCAAGGAUUAACUUUAAGCCAUGGAGGUUAUGGAGUCAAUGUCAGUAGCUUUCAAAGAAAUUGGUCCAAAUCACAAUAUACCAGAAAAAUGGAAAGAAAUUGUAUUAAAUACAGGUGGUACCCACAGCACAUUGCAAGAUAUAAAGCUACCUCAGAAAGCAGGUGGCUAUUGGUAUAAGGAUUCAAAAAAAGCAAAUACUAGGAACCGUUUUAUUUACUGGCAAACAACUUCAGAUGCUAUUGAAUUGUCAGAGGCAUCUCUUGAUGUUAAUCUGUCUGUAUCUAAUUUGCGUUGUAAAGUAGCUCCAGGAACACCACCAUUGAACACUUUAACUUUUUAUGAGAGAUUAUCAACACAGGAAGUUAUUAUUUUGGCGGCUACAGUUUCAUCUGUGCACAGACUAAUAUUUCCUCAUCCAGAGUCAUUAGACAGGAAGUCAGCAUUUGGAUCAAGUAAUAAUACAUCAGCAUCUAUAUUCUAUGACACCAGUGCUGUCAACAAUCCAAACAAUUACUACAUUUUAAAUCAAUAUUCAAACACAACUACUGGCGUAGCACACACAUGUGCAUCAAUGCUUCGUGACAGUGGAGAAGCAGUGUUUGCUCUAUCAUUUGGUCAUGGCAAUGAGGGAGGCCUGCUGCUGGUAAAGCUGCCCGUCACAGGCUCCGCUGUUACAACACUAUUGAAAAGAGAAUCAGCUGUGCCCAGAUUCUUGUCUGGUAUUACAGGAGCAUUAAGGGGUAAAAGUAAUACAGAUGGUGUUGAGACAUAUGGUGUGGUGGUUACCAAUAGUUUGAUAGUAGCUAUCUGUGGCGACACAUGUCUACGCGCUUGGACGCUGGACGAAGGCGGCGCGCCUGUCUCAGUCUCUUCGCCUCUCUCACAGUCUAUGGUCAGACCGAAACCACCGCCUCAAGGUCACAUGUUGAAAAGCAUCAUAGGCAGCGACAGAAGUAUAAUGUUGGUGGUGUACCUGUCAUUUCCUAAUGACAGUGAAUUUGUUGUGAUGAAGAUGCACGAUGGUGGAGCGGGCGCCGUUGUAUUCUCACAGAUAUGUCAGAUAUUUGGACCACAGUUAGAUCUACUAGACUACACUGUUGGUUAUGGUGACGGUAACCAUGUUAUAUGGGCGCUAUGGAAUCAAGCGGAUGGUGAUGCUUUCAUAACAAAUAUAAUUACACAUUUGGGGAUUGAAAAGGACCGUUUUACAAAUUGUAUUAAUAAGAUAGUAGUAAUACCUAAAAGUGUUAGUAGUAGUAGUAGUAGGGGCUACGGUUUCCGCAACUCCACGGCUAGUGCGUAUUUUGCGUGA